UCGCCGCCGGCACCGUCUUGGACAUCAGAUCGAAUCCACGGCGGUUCCGACGAUGUCGCGCUUCGAGAAGGCCGUCCUCCUCUGCUUGGCCCUGUUCGCCGCAUGGCACCUCUGCUCGACCCUGUUCGCCGACGCGCCUCCUCGUCCUGGUGGCCACUCUGCGGAGGAGAAAGCUGUAGUCAGCGGCGCGGCCGGGAACGCGUCGGGCCUGAGUCUCGCAAGGGAGGCCGGCGUCCGGGCGGCGGACGGAGCGGGGAGCAACUUCGUCAUCUCGCCGCUGUCCAUCCACGCGGCGCUCGCGUUGGUUGCCGCCGGCGCGCGGGGCGUCACACAGACGGAGCUCCUGGGGCUCCUCGGGUCAGCGUCGCUCGACGAGCUGCACCGCGCGCCGACGAUCAAACUGGUGGGCAGGCUCAACGGCCUGACGCAGACGUCCUUCGCCUGCGGCGUGUGGGUCGACCGGAGGCAAGCGCUCAGGCCGGAGUUCAUGGCCACCGGCGCGUCGCGGUACGGCGCCACGGCCGAAUCUGUGGACUUCGUGUUGGAGGCCGAGCAGGCGAGGCGGCGCGUGAACGCCUUCGUGGCGAACGUGACGAAGCAGCUCAUCCUCGACGUCCUCCCUCCCGGCUCCGUCCACUCGUCCACGGCGGUCGUCCUCGCCAACGCGCUCUACUUCAAAGGAGCAUGGUCCCAGCCGUUCGACGUCUUCACCGCGCCGUUCCACAUCCCGGGCGGCAGCACCGUGGGCGUGCCGUCCAUGAAGACGUACCAGUCACAGUACAUCGCGCUCUACCCCGGCUUCAGGGCCCUCAAGCUGCCCUACAAGAAUGAAGUGGAUCAGCAAGCUGCAUUCUACAUGCUUAUCCUUCUCCCGGACAGCUACACUCUCAGUCUCGCCUAUCUCUACGACAAGGCGGCGUCGACACCAGAGUUCAUCAAGAAGCACACGCCCGCAAGGAAGGUUCCAGUCGGACAGUUCAUGGUCCCUAAGUUCAAGUUCACGUUCGAGUUCGAGGUGUCGUCGGACAUGAAGAAGCUUGGUGUCACCAGGGCUUUCAAUAGGGGCAACUUCUCAGGCAUGGUGAGUGGCAUGGAUGAGCUCUCCAUCACCGGGGUGUACCAUAAGGCCACCAUCGAGGUGGACGAGCUAGGCACCGUGGCCGCUGCAGCCACGGCCAUCGUAAUUGGGACUACUAGUGUGGGUCGUUCAAGGGCACUGAUGGAUUUUGUGGCGGAUCGGCCCUUCUUAUUUGCCGUGGUUGAGGAGAGGACAAGCACAGUGUUGUUCCUGGGUCAUGUGGUUAAUCCUCAACUGGGCUAACUGAAUUAUUCCAUAAAAUGUGGAAUCCUUUGGUUGUUGAAUGAAACAAUUGAACAUUGUUUCUCAACUGGGCUGAAUUAGCUAAAGGAUGUGUUUCUUUUAGCUUUCUGAACCAGCUAAUUAGUUAAAGGGUCUGUUUGGUUCAACUUAAUUUGUAAUUUCUGAACCAGAUUCAUGCCCAGGAAUCCCCCGAAAAAAGAAAUCCUGGGGUACAACAAUUGUUUCUAGUUUUCUAAUUUCUGAACCACAUAUCAUUUCAGAUGUCCCCAUGUGCAAUUGAU